AUGGCCUGGACGAAGAUCGUGCUCCUUUUCACGUUGCUUUACACCGUUGCCUCUGCGCACCCUGGCCACGAAAGACUCACAAAUAGCGAGAAACAAACUGGCCCGCACGACCCCUCGGUGAAUUUAGUGGAAAAUGAGGAGCAAAUGAACGACUUCGCGAGGCAACUGAACGAGGACCUAUCAGAAGCGGUUAAAGAGCGACACAAACGAUUAUCGGACCAAAGGCGAGCAGAACUGGAGACUCUGAUGGCUCUCUCGAAAAUGACGGAAAAAUUGGUAACGGUGACGAGGGGAGGUCGUCAAUUGGAUGCAUCCAAAGUCGGCCGAAGGAAGCGGUCCGUGUUCGACAUGAACAUGAAGAAUCUACGGAAACUCUUCAAAAUGUCAGCGCGUAUCGGUUACAAAGGAAACCCGGCGUAUCCAGUUGUUCGUUGAUGUCAUGGAACGAUAUAGAAAACGUUGACGUGAAUCAGACUUGCCGAAGAAAGGUA